AUGGAGUCUCAUGGCCAGUACAUGUCUCAUGUCUCUGAGAAGAAGGCCUGCAGCCGUCACAAGGAGCUCAUGCGUCAGUUGGGUGCAACUGUUAACAGCGGUUCUGAUGGAAGGAUCACUGAUGAGGGGGAGUGGGAAGCGACAGCACAAGCAAGGAAGACAGAAAAAGAAAGAGAGAAAGAAAGAAACAAAGAAACAAAGAAAAAGGCAAAGCAAGAGAUGGGGUGCGGAGGCGGAGGAGAUGCUGACGAAGGCGACGAGGCGAAGGGAAAGGAGGAUGCGCUCGCAUCCAGUAGGCUCCUCGAUCCGGAAUUCAAGCCCUCCAAGCUGUCCCAAGAUCAGCUCGACAAGUUUAAGGAAUUGCACAAGAAACGGCUACAAAUAAAGGAAAAAACAAAAUCCAAAGGAAAAUCUAAAGGAAGAACUGGGGCGAACACAAAUGUAGCCAAUGAUUCUAAAUUUAAUAAUAAGGAUAAAUCAAUUGGUAGUGCCGCAAUAGAUGUACAGCAUACAACAUCAGCUACAGGAGCCCAAGCGAAUCUUGCACGGUCCCUGCCCUUGAGGAACAAAAGGAAGUUGCAUUGGGGGCUUGAUGUUAAAGAACGGUGGGAGAGGAAAGCGAACAUGUGAAUUUCUGAAGAUCGUUUAAAUUCUCAGAGCAAAGCAAACCCUCCAUGUAAACGG